AUGGAGCUGCUCUCAGACACGAUUCGUGUCCUUCUGAAAACACCUACGUUGCCUCAAUUUCUGGGCAGUGCAGCAAUGAUGUACCUAGCCCCAGCGGACUACCAUUGCUACCACGCGCCCAUCGCCGGCAAGCUCUUGUCGCUGGCGCUACUGGAUCAGCAUCGCUACAGUAUCACAGUGAAGCCCUACAUCUUUUCUUCCGUCAACAUCCUCACGCGUAAUCGGAGGGCAGUGGCGGUGAUCGAAAGUGAUUCGCGGCCCGGUCUGCGAGUGGCAGUGGUCAUCGUAGGGGGGGUCACCGUGGAUUCGAUCCGUUUGGAGCCGAACCUGCGCGCCGGGGUGAGUGUCAAGAAGGGCCAGCGCUUGGGGGCCUUCGCCCGGGGCGGCUCUGCCAUCGCCCUCUUGUUUUCCAACAGCGUGCGGCUCGCCGACUCCAGAGCAGAGGCGCUGGCAGCUGCCGGGCGAGACUUCAAGAUAGAGGUGGGUCGCAGCUUGGCAGUCUGA